UGGAAAUUAACCCUUGAAAGUGAUCAAACAAAAUUAAGAUAUAAUAUAAGUUUUACCACUGUGCCCAUAUAUAUUCAUCAAUAAGCAUCAAGUUCUAUAGUGCAUGAGCAUUAAUUUAACCAUGGACCCAAGAAUCUCCUUCUCCAAUGAUUUUGUGGUUGGACAACAAGCAAUCAUCAAACAUGAAAACAUAUACAGAGAAGCUCCUGUCUCUUCGGAUUUCGAAUUCUCUGUCAAAAACUAUUCUAUGAUAUCAGCAGAUCAAGUCUUUUUUCAAGGCAUGCUGUUGCCUCUGAGUAGUGAAUGCUCCAAGAAGGUAACUUUAAGAGAUGAACUACUUAAUGAUGAUGAUUCACCAAAAUGGUCAAAGAGUAUAAGCAGGUGGAAGGAAAGGUUAGGCCUAAAGAGAGGUGCAUCUAAGAAAGAUAAGAAUAAGAAUGACCAUGUGUUUAUGCAGAAAUCUGUAGGUAACCAAAAAGGGCCUAGUUUUGAACAAGGAGAAACAACUGUUAACAAAGACAAUAUGGAAUUGUUCUGUGAAGGAGGUGUAAGUAGCAGAGGUAAGUGAAUUCCACAGGAACUGCAUCCUUUGUCUAGGAGGGUUGACAUUCUACUAAUAUCUAAAGGAAUUAAGUGUUAGAAUUUUAACUGACUUGUUUUUGAACAAGUUAAAUUUAACCUAUGUAGUAGAAAGAAAGUUCCGCAUGGUAUUAUUUAUCUUUGUACAAAAAUUUGUAGUUUUUCAAUGAGUUUGAUGGAUCCAGUAUUGUGGCUUUUGUUAGAGAUAUAUAGUGAUUAUAGCUAGUUGUUAAAUGUUCUAGUUGGUUGUCAAGUAUCUUCACCUUCAACUUCUAAGCAAGUUAUUAUCUUUUGUAUUCUUUGCUUUUUCAUAUUAUAUCUUAAGUGAGUUUC